AUGGUUGACAAAGCAAAAACUCCAGAUCCGUCUUCACCAGCGACUCGCCGCGAUCGGGACAGCAGCCCCGAGCUCGGUAGCCCGUCAAAGGCCACCACAGUCUACAAUAAGCGCACCGGCCGUCCCAUCCGCAGGAGUGCAGGCAAAAUGAAGAAACCUGACGGCUAUGUGAGCUUCGAAGCUGACGAUGGCGAUCUUGCUACGACAGAAGAAAGCGAGGAUGAAGAAGACGAAGAUGAAGAUAUGGAACCUCGUGGUAGAGCAAACAAAAAGAAGCGCAAACGUGGCCCCUCUCUUCCGUCCCCUCGCCUUGAGCCGAUCAUCUACAACCAAGAGCUUGAUGAAAUGACAGAUAUUGAGGAAGGUGUCCGCCACGACUUGAAGAAGCCUCCGCCGAUAACGUUGCAGUUCAACGUCCCACUAGGAUUUCAUGGUCCCCUCUUUGUCAAGCUCGACCGCACCCUCUUAGAUAGCCAGCAAGAUGCCGUACACGAGAUGAUGCCUGCUAAAUCGAAAAAGGCCCGCCUAGCUUCUCUGGAGCCGACGAAGACAGUCUCGGUGCGGACAGACCCCGAUAUGGACACUGGUACUCACCGCCCCAAGGGAUUCACGGAUUUGCCUCCAGAACUGCGCAAUAACAUAUAUCGCCGUCUUUUUGCUCAGAAAGAACCCGAUCAGAUGCUCAAGAUUCCCUCAGUUAAGGGUAGUGGCACUAGUGGGAGUCUUGCAAGGUCGUCUCAGUUCCUCCGGACGUGUAAACUAGUCCAUAGUGAAGGCUGCUCGAUUCUAUACGGCGAAAAUACUUACUCCUUCCAUCGCCACUACGCAACCCGCGCCCCGUUCUGGGACACUGUCCCCAAGGAGAUUGGCUAUCAGGACGUCUUACAUUUUCUGAAAAUGAUUGGUCCAGAGAAUCUGCAGUAUCUCCGCGAUAUAAAGUGGGUAUUCGACGAUGCCUGUCCUCGUGAUACGCCCUACCUCACGUCCAACGAGCAGCGCCGAUAUCUCAACGACGAGUACCUAAUCAACUGCUUGCGUAUCCUCCGGGACGCCAAGCUCCGAAAAGUCACUCUAUUCUUCGGUGGGCGUCGACAGCUACAGUGUUCUGAUCACAGGUUUCUGGGCUAUCUCGAGCAGAUCAAAGCAGACGAUGUGGUGCAGUCAGCGGACAGGUGGUAUUCGUAUCGCGAAAAGGUUCACCCGUUAGUUUGGACAGAGCUCAAGGCGACCAUGACGAGGAAGAAGAAGCUGUAUGAGAAGGAGCAGUCCUGA